AUGAAGAAUCGCCAGAGGGGCAAGUCUGACAAUGGAGGUCCGAUCCGUUCUGGGCAUAGGCCGACCGGAAGGUUUGAUGGACAGAGACAAGCUGGUAGGUUUGACAGGGGCAUGGCUCCGAUGAAGAAGCCUUACCAACGCCCUGCUGACAGGGUACCUUUUGCUGGAAGAGGCGAAGCCCGUGUUCCUAAGGAUGAUGUCGUCUACUUCAAGUGCAACCAGAAUGGGCACUAUGCUAAUGAGUGUGGGAAGGAGAUUAUAUGCUGGAAGUGCCAGAAGCCAGGACACAUUGAGAGGGAUUGUCCUAAUGCUGCUAAGACCGAGCCAGUACUGAAUGCUACCAGGGGAAAGCGACCUUCUGCUCCAGGUCGUGUGUUUGCAAUGUCUGGCGAACAAGCUGCUGUGACCGAUGAUCUUAUCUAG